CCUGGUCUCCCGCGGCGGCAAGAGUUAAUUGACCUGCACACAGCCAAUAGCGCGCCGCGCAGCCACACAGCUCGCGCAGCAGUACAGCUACUUGCAAUUGAGCUGGGCGCCGCGACGCGACGACGCGUUCGCGCGCCUGUGACGAGAACACAGCCUUAAAUCAAAAAGCCCGGGAAGGUCACCGCGGCGCCAUGAGUGGCCGCGGCCCCCAAAAAACCUGCCCGGCCUGCGACGCCAAGGUCCACGCCAGGAAGGCGAGGUGCCCCUGCGGCCACGUCUUCGCGAGCAAGAAGCGCGCCGCGAGCCCGCCGCGGCCGCCGCUCGCGCCCUUGCCGACGAGCACGACGGGCCGCCGGCGAAGCGCCGGCUCGCCCGCGAGCUACGCCGAGCCCUCCCUGAAAAGCAAGAUGCGCCAGAAGCGCGGCGAGGCCGUCGUUUCGAAGCCGCCGCCCGAGAAGCGGCGCCGCACGGACGCGCCGCCGGCCGCGCCGCCGAAGAAGCGCGGCCGGCCGCCGAAGAAGCAAGCAGCGCCGCCGGAGGACGCCCUCGCUCUCCUGAACGCGCUCGAAGCCAAGGAGUCGUUAACGAAGGACGACGUCCGCGCGCUCGCGCAGUGCGCCACGAACGACGAAGAAAGGGCCUGCCAGCUGCUCGACGACGCCUGCAAGGAUGACCAAGUAGCUUUAGAGGCCUGCGCUACCACACUCACACUAGCCUCGGAGCGCGGCGGCGCGUACGCCUCUGCCGAAAGAACAAACGAGCGGGCUCAGCAAUUACGGCGCCAGGCGCGCGCCGGCCUCGACGUCGAGGAGGGGUUGACUGCAUUAUCAGACCUCAUCGCUUCCCGGGCAUUGGAGGACGCCGCGGUCGCGGCCGCCUGUGGUGCUGCUGGUGUUAUACUACAGACCAGGGGCACGCCAACCGCUUUGUUAGUGUGGCGCGCUGCGGCUCGAAGCUACCCGUCGCAUCGAGCCGCAUUACUAGAAGACUGGUUAGAUGUCUUACGGACGGAGACGUCUUCUUCGAGAAUAGCUCUAGAUGAUGAUUUGGGCGGUUCCGCGCGGUGGGCGUCGGUCCUGGCCUUAGUUAUCACCGAGGCCUGCGUGCCUCUGGCGGAGGAGGUCCCGUCUGUGACGGAAAGUGAAAGAUGUUCAAAUGCGUUGACGGGAGCUCUACUCAGAAGGUGCCGGGAGGGCCCGAACGAAAGCGACUGGCGCGACCUAGCUCUAGCCUUCUCGUCAGAUCUAGUUGCGGCGUUAGAAGCGCCGGCCUGGUCCUCAUCAAGUGAAAGCGUGUUAAGGUCGUUAGCUCGAUCUGCUAGCACAGAACUGAGGAAGGCCCCGUCGGAUCGAAAGGCCGAACCUUAUGUGUGCUUCCUCGGGGACUUGCUGGCUGUCAUUGUGGGCGGCGUCUCUGCAGUAACAAAACGGGCUACCUCAUCAGUAACACCAGUCGUGCAAGAGCAAGGCGGGGCUUGUGACGUGCCCGAGGAGAACCAGCGCUUGGAAGCGUUGGUGGCGUUCCAGCAGCUCCAGCUCAACGGCCUCGAGGCGCGCUCGUCGUCAGAGCCGCUCUGUGGCGAAGCUCUUAGAUACAGUGUGGCAAAAUGGCACGCCGAGCUCCCCGACUCGGCCAAGGCGUUGAAGCGCCAUUUAGCAUCGCAAUUCGCGGGCAGGGACGUGGCGAGAGUUCGAAGAGCUUCGUGGGACGCAGCUCUACCGCGCGACAAAUUGCGAGGCGUCGCGUGCGCUAUUGUCCAAGGUUCACCAUUGGCGCGAGGGUUAUCAUUACUAGCGAAGCAAUUGGUAGGCUUGCUGGCCCACCUUCAGCCGAAGGUGCGGGACAAAGCACUAAGAGCCCUAGGCCGAGCGUCGUGUGAUCACCUACUGGAAAGAGACGUCGUCCAGCAGGCCAUGCGGUCUAGGUUCGCCGACGAGUCUCCCAGUGUCAGACUCGCCGCGGUGGAAGUGUGCGGCACGAAGUGCCAGCAGCAGCCGUCGCUCUUCGUUCAUUACGAAGAGGACCUCUUGAAGAGACUGAGAGAUGCGGGCCUAGCCGUCAGAAAAGCCACCGCCCGCCGCCUAAAGACGACGCUGACGGAUGCGAGAAUACCGCCCGAUGCGCGGGCGCGCACGUUAGCUGCUCUUGUUAGAUGUGCCGCUCGUCCGAGUGAGGAACGAACGGUCAAGGACUUAGUGAGAGACUGCAUCCGCGAGGCCUGGUUCGCGCCCGUUGCUGACGUGGCGGCGCCUCGCUUGUUGCCGCGCGUGUCUCCCAGCGUCACGGACGCUCCUCGCAUCAAGGAGGCCGCGUAUCGCCUCGACCCAAUUACGAGGCAAGUUGUGGACGUCGUGUCUGCGGCCGGAGAUGACCAAACGAUCGGGGCGGUCUUCGCCAUGGCCCUCACGGAGCAGGACGGGAAGUCCAGGAAGGCGGCGUCUGCGCGAUUGCGAGCCCAACAGCACGUCGCGCACUUGGCUGAUCACUUGGUUAGAUUGGACGGAUCCCGCUCGGACGGGAAGGUCACGCCCCAGACGACGCCGGACAAGCACACUAUCAUAACUGGUUCCUUGACCGAAGAGAGCGCUUCUGAUGUUGUCAUGACACUGAGUGCGAUCCGAGCCUUCGCGCGGAGCGCUCCGGAAACCGUGGCUCCCUCAUUAGAUGUGAUAGCACCCUAUCUGCGAGGCGACAACGGGUUGGAUGAGAAGGGCGAGUCCGCAGCGGUGCAAAAGGCCGCGGAGAUCAUUCACGCCGCGUGUAGUGCUCUACCUAGACCAGCAUCAGCUUCCUUGGCAGCUAGAUGUUCACCUGAUCUCGAGAAGGCCGCCCUGAACUCCCGAGGAAGCGCGCCGACGACGGCAGCCGUCGCUUGUCUCGCUGCCUUGGACGCAACGAGGUCGAACACCGAGGCUGGAAGAUCGCUGUGGCGUUUGGCCGCAUUGUGUCACGACUUGCUGAGGAGGAGAAGGCACGUGGGACGGGCGGCCUUAGUGCUAGGAUGUGUGGCAAAAGAUUGGGCGUGCGGCCUGGCCAGAGGCGCUCCGGACGACGAGAGCGAGCCCAGUACAUUAGCGCGGAUGCGGGACCCGCACGGCGCCGUGUUUGCGUGUGUCGCGCGCGAGGCGUCUUCCAAUGAUGCCGCGGCGGCGCGAGCGGCUUCCGCGGCGUGUGCGUCUGUCGCCGGCGCGCCGCGCCUCGCGAACGCUGCACGUUCAGACGGAUUGUUGGAGAGGUUGUUAAGUCAUCCCCACGCUUCUGUGAGAGCUGCUUCCUUGCGAGGCUGGGCGGACGUCCUGGAUGGGUGCGAUCGAGCCGCUCGAGCGCAGCACGCUUCCGAUUCGGAGUCCGUGCGAAGUGUCGUAUGCAAUGAUGAGUCAUUGAGAGAGGACGCCGAGGGCGCCUUCCAGGCCGCGGCGGCGUGCGCCCAGGCUUGCUUAGCGAGGGCUUCUACACUCUUGGAAGACCGCGAUGGGGACGUGAGAUGCGCGUCAGUCACGUUCCUGAACGGUGUCCUGAGGCACGGCCUCGCGAAUCCCCGAGAUAUAGCGCCUCUACUAGUCGGAAGACAUGGCGACGAGCUGCAAAAGGUCCGGGACGCCGCCGCGGAUGCUUUGAGGGAGACCGCUGCCAAGAGACCGCAACUCGUAGCCUUACGCUUCUCGGAAGGCUUCGCGGACGCGUGCGCGUCGGCGAGACGCUACUCCGACGAAAUCCCGCUACCCAUCCUCAAGGCCGUCGGGACGUCGUACCAAGUGUGCUGCGAAGGUAGAGCAGCGAGGGCCAAGGCCCUCAAGUCCGCUUUGGAUGUCUUCGUCACGCCGAACGACCUCCCUGCGAAAGACGGAGAUUUAUCAAAUUGGCUCGGGAAACGGGCGGCCACCUGUAGGGCCCUGGGUUCGUUGCCGUUCCGGACGGCCGACGAGCCGCUCAUGGUUAUUCGAGCGUGUGCCCGGGCUUGUGCGCUCGAUGGGGCUGCUCUCCAUGAGUCGCUGAGGGAUGCUUCUGACGUGUCUGCUAGAGAUGCCGCUAGAUGUGGUGCUUUUUCGUUGUUGUGUCGCUUGAAGGCCCACAUCAAGCGAAGGCACCGAUUGGGCGACGCGCGGUGUGCGGCCUACGACGGCGACUGCGAUAAACAGUUAGGUGCGAUUCGUGACGAUUCUCCGCUGGUGUGCGGGCCGCUCUUCUCUCGCAGUGCGCUGGCGGCCGUCGGGACGAACCGGGGCGGGUCCGUGCGCUCGUCGCUGGUCGUGGAUCUCGGCCGAUUAUUAGCUGAAGAGCAGGACGACGGCGAUUUACAAGACCGUCCGAAGAAGCCGCGCGGCCGGCCGCCCAAGGACCAGCCGCUCAAGCGCACGUCGUCGAUGGAGCCGCCCAAGAAGCCGCGCAAGAAGGUCAAACGAAAGCGGCCCAAGGACGACUCCGACGACUCCGACGACGACUGGGGUCCCGGCAAGAACUGAGUUGCGUGCACAAGGCCCGACUCUCUCUCCCCCCUCUCUACGACGUAAGCAUCUGUGUUCGAACCUCUUCUCGCACUCGCGAGUUGGCGUUUGCUCCGAUAUCCCUACAACCAUGGGGAAAGCUGCUGGGGCGUGGCUGUGUGAGUCAUGCGAGAGGGAGGGCUGGACGGUUCGUCC